CUGUGUCUGGAUCAAACCUGAGUUGACAGAGAACAAUUAUACGGUUAUGCCGAGCGUUGUGCAACAGCUGAUCCUGAUCUAAACUGGGGAGUCCUGACAUUUCAUCCUAACCAACAGAUUGUCCUACCAGGCCUUACUCAUUAAUGUAAGGAACAGUUUUAAAAGGCAAAACAGUCACGAAUAGGAACGCAUCGCGGGCAUAAGAAGAUUGUGUACCCAGUAUCACCUUCACUCGGAAUCCAUCAGUCUUGGACGUUUCCACUCUGGCACGAUGGAGGGGGAGAAGAAGCAGGUGACAUGCUACCUCAUGUUUUCUUUAUUAACGGCUGUAAUUGGCUCUCUACAAUUUGGCUACAACACAGGAGUCAUAAAUGCCCCCGAACAGCAACUGCGGGCAUUUUUUAAUGCCACAUGGAUGGAGCGUUAUGGGGAGCCCAUCAAGCCGGGUGUGUGCACCAUUGUGUGGAGUCUUGCUGUGGCCAUCUUUAGUGUGGGUGGAAUGAUGGGAUCAUUCAGUGUCGGUGUCAUAGCCAACAAAUUUGGAAGACGUAAAUCGAUGUUUCUUGUGAAUAUCUUGGCUCUGAUUGGUGGGGGUCUCAUGGGACUGUGCACUCUCUGCUACUCUUAUGAGAUGAUCAUUGCCGGUCGACUAAUUAUUGGGUUGUUCUGUGGACUCUUCACUGGUCUCACUCCAAUGUAUAUUGGGGAAGUGUCGCCAACUCCCCUCCGCGGGGCCUUUGGGACCCUGCACCAGCUUGGUGUCGUGAUUGGCAUCUUAAUCGCACAGAUUUUUGGUUUGGAGUAUCUACUGGGUUCAUAUAAGCUCUGGCCUGUACUUCUUUCUCUAACCGUGCUACCUGCCAUCCUGCAAUGUAUACUGCUUCCGUUCUGUCCCGAGAGCCCUCGAUACCUGCUCAUUAACCUCAAUGAGGAAGAACAGGCCCGCAAAGCGCUGGUGCGUCUCCGUGGUUAUGAGGAUGUGGGGAAGGACAUGCAGGAGAUGAAAGAGGAGAGCGCAAAAAUGGCCAUGGAGAAGAAGGUGACCAUCCCAGAGCUCUUCCGCAUCGCUGCUUACCGCCAGCCUCUGCUCAUCGCUGUCAUGCUGCACCUGUCCCAGCAGCUCUCUGGCAUCAACGCUGUUUUUUAUUACUCAACUGGUAUUUUUAAGUCAGCUGGAGUGACUCAGCCCAUUUAUGCCACCAUUGGAGCCGGAAUAGUCAACACUGUCUUUACUGUAGUAUCUCUCUUUUUGGUGGAGAGGGCGGGAAGAAGAACUUUGCACCUUAUUGGUUUGGGUGGAAUGGCCAUCAGUGCAUUGGUCAUGACCAUUGCUCUCUUAUUGAAGGAAAUCGAGGCUAUUCGCUACCUUAGCAUUGCUGCAAUUUUUGCCUUUGUGGCCAUGUUUGAGAUGGGCCCUGGACCCAUUCCCUGGUUCAUAGUGGCUGAACUGUUCUCUCAGGGGCCACGUCCUGCCGCCAUGGCUGUUGCAGGAUGCUCCAACUGGACAGCCAACUUUCUUGUGGGAAUCAGUUUCCCUAAACUGGAGGAGCUGUGCGGGCCUUAUGUCUUCAUUAUAUUCACGAUCCUCCUCAUCUUCUUCUUCAUCUUUACAUACUUCAAAGUUCCGGAGACCAAAGGGCGAACUUUUGAUGACAUCGCCCGUGGUUUUGGUGGGGCUCCGCCUCCGACUGCCACCUCCUUGGAGGAGCCCGGCAGGGUCACACUUUCACUCUCUCCGGUCAAAGAAAAGAUCCCAUUGGUGGAAGCUCCCAAAUCUUCCUCGGGACAGGGAGCAAGCUCAUCUGAGCAAACUGUGGCAGAUGCUAAAAAGCCUAGCUCAGUUACCCAGCCACUGAUGGAUUCUGGUAAAGAGGAGAAAUCUAAAUCCACCAUCUAAGAAAUGGUGUAACUAUAUAGCUUAAUAUGAUUAGAGCCAUGACGUACUACUGAAGAUAGAAAUAUAAUACUAUUUAUUUACUGAAAAAUAUUCUUUAGAGAAAACAGAUUAAGAAGGGAACCGCAGGGGAAAGUCUCAGAUCACCUAGUUAUAUUUUGAAAGUAUACGAGAGCUCAUAGUCCAUGAGCUUUAUUUUGGUUCGGGGCAAUAUUCAUUCAUGUUCUAGAGAUGUUUAUCUAUUUAUUGCUCAUUUACUCCUGUUUGUGCAUUUUAGUGCAGUUUUAAUGUGAUUUAUCAAACAUUAUGUCAUUAAUUCCUAUGUCAGAUCAAACAGAAAAAGGGAAUUUUUACAUUUGGCCUUCCUAUUUCUCGCCUUUUUCAAUUGUCAAAUCUUUUAGAAAACAAAUAAAAACCAAAGUGUUUUCCCCUUGAAUGAUAGUUGGCGAUCAUCAUAAUCAAGGUUUUGGCACUGAUGUUCAUUUUGUAUAAAAAGUAGUGUAUAUUGAGAUGUAUACGUUUUUUUAGUACUUGAGAUCACUACUACCAUUUAUCAAAAAUAGUUGAAACAUAUUUAAUUAGAAGAUUCAUUGAAAAAUAUUUAGAUUUACUGAAAGUGCUUAGCUAGUAAAGCUUAUGCCAAGAAUAAAAUCGCUAGUUUACUGCAAAAAAAUAAUACAUCUAAAGAAAAAAUAACCGACCAGUGUUCAAUGAAUUGUACUCAACAACUGUAAUUGUAACUAUAGUUAAAUAAUUGUGUUUCAAUAACUAGACAAGUUCACAUUUCAAAUAACGAUUUUUAGCAAAUGACGUGAUAAAAAUUGUAACUAUAAAUCCUGCUACUGAAUUACCUGUGCUUGGUGAUUUAGUAUUCCAGGAUCACAUGUGUGCUGCACUGACUCACUUUUGAGGUUUGACAAGUGAGAGAUGUCUCGUUUGAUUUGAGUAAAUGUGUUUAUAAUACAUAAAUAAGACUCUUAGUUUUGAAUCCCUUGCAUAGAGAACACAUAUAGUAUUUAUUUGUUUAUUCAUGUAUUUUUUACUUCUAUUAGAGAAUCUUUACCAAUAAUUCCUAUCAUGUAAGUCAACUUGACGCUUUAUGCUGCUAUUGCUUAGAUGUUUCUAUUUUUGACUAUAUAUUGGAUGGGAAAUGUAUUUAUUAAUAAGCACAUUUGUAAGCCAGGGAUAAUAUAUAGAACUGCUUUUUCCCCAUUCUGAUGUCUUGUGAUCAUGUAUAUGUUGCACGGAGAGCAACUCCAAAAAAGACCAAGAAAGACAACAUUCCUCUUGCAGUAGUGCACUUUGGUUUGUAUUCGAGUGGUCAAGAGCAGCACCACGAUGAGCCAGCCCUCUUCUAACACUAGCAAACACAAACAUCUUAUUAACUGUUCAAUCCUUUCACAUAAUGUACCUUUACUGUGCAUAAUGUACAACUCAUAGUUACUUGCUUCCUGUACAGUUAGAAGAGCAUCACCCUGUAAAUAACUAAGUUCAUGUGUCUGUGUUGAAUGGUGUAAUUGAUUUCAUUGCAGUUUAAAAGGAGAGUGACUGCUAAAGAGAAGUGUUGAUGUUUGGACAUUUGUAUAUUUUAUUGUGGCUUUUCCUGGAUGUGUAUCAAAAUCAUGAGUGGCACUGUGUAAAGUUGUAUUAUUUUUAGAAUAAAUAAUAAUAAGUCUUAUUUGAAUUAGAUGAGUACCAAUGAACAUAAUUGUAUGAUAUGUUCCAACGUAAAUAAAUCUAAUUAUAAAUUAAA